GCGUUGACUACAACCAUGCAUAUGAAGGUGUUGCUCGCGCUGUUCACAGGGCUCCCCUUUGCAGUCGGGCUCCCGCGGAGCGAGCUGGAGGUACGCGCCGAGUUCGUCAAGGAUGCCCACCCAGCACAUCAACCUCGAGAAGUGAUUGGCAAUGAUACUUUUGACGUCUUGCAGCACUUGUCCGGAAACUCGCCAUACUUCAACUCACCUGGGGUGGGACUAACCGCAGCGCUGCCGGUUGGGUGUUCUGUAAUGCACGCAACAUAUCUCGUUCGGCAUUCAGACAUCUACGCGAAUGACUACGAAUACGAGCAUACCAUCGCACCCUUUCUUUACAAGCUGGGGAACUUCUCUGACAGACAUGCGUUCUCGGACGACUCAUCGUUGUCUUUCCUCACCAAUUGGACAAGUCCGAUUGACGAUCCUGAUAAAGAGAUCGAAAAGGUGACCAAGACUGGCAAGCAGGAUGCCGCCGCUCUUGGGGCAAUCUUCGCUCAGAGGUAUAACAGUAUCCUUGGGUUCAAGAACGAGGAUUCCUGGAAGUUUUGGAGCGCAUCGGCAACGCGUGAUCAGAAGACGUCCAAGGCAUUUAUCCAGGGUUUCAAUGCAUCCAUGGAUAAAGCAACCCUUGUCAUUGUGGAUCAGGGCGAGAGCCAGUUUGCGAAUACAUUGACUCCGCAUCAAUCUUGCGAGGCUUUCGACGCUAACAGAGGAUCAGUCGAGAAGAUGACCUUCAUCAACACCUACGCACCAACGAUCGUCGCGCGACUCAAUGGACUCGUCAGCUCCUCAUUCAACUGGACUGCGAGCGACGUGUUUGCCGCUCAAUCGCUUUGUGGCUACGACACCGUCAUCCGAAACAUGACCCUCUCCGGGUUCUGCAACUUGGACCUCUUCAGCGAGAGCGAGUGGCUCGGCUACGAGUACGCGAACGACUUGAUGUACCACCGUUCGCUUGGGUAUGGCAACGAGCUCGCGCCCGUGCUCGGCAUGCCUUGGGUCUCCGCGUCGACUCGCCUGCUCUCUGGGAGCGCGAACACUUCGGCCACGAACUCGAGCGCUGGUGAUCAGCAAUUGUUUAUAAGCUUCACACACCGUGAAGAGCCACCCUUCAUUGUCACCAAUCUCGGGUUGUUCAACACGACGAACGCAAGUAUGCCGGCCGACUCGAUCAACUACGACCGGGCAUGGCGCACCUCCAACAUCUUGCCCUUCCUCGCAAACAUCGGGCUCGAGCGCCUCCAAUGCAAUGCAACCGCGACCGGGAACAGCAGCAACACCGAUUUCGUCCGGGUACUCGUUAAUGCCGCGCAGAUACCGCUGCCAGGAUGCACCGAUGGGCCGGAGGAUUCGUGUUCCUUGGACAGCUUCGUGUCGUUCGUGAGCCAGAGGGAGGCGCUGUACGGUGAUUUCGUCGGUGCGUGCGGCGGGUCGGGCAACGUGACCAACGCGACCAGUACACUCGGCUUUUACGAAGGAACGCUUCCCGCGAACGGUGCAGCUGUGCAGACCGUCCCCAUCUCACUGAACAAAUCUUCGUCUGUGUCCGCUGAGGAGAGCGGGGCAAACAAGUGGACCGCCCGGUGGCUGGUAUCUGCGAGUAUAGGAGCAACCAUCACUGCAGUUAUGCUGUGA